GGCCGCCACUGGGUGACGCCGGGGGGGGACAGGGUGACGGAGGAGGGCGGCAACGGGAGCGCGGCCGUGUUGGCCAACGGCAGCCUGCAGCUGCGGGCGCUGAGGCCGGAGGACGGAGGGACGUACGCAUGUCGGGUGUCGGGUCCGGCUUUUAACGAGACGCUCUACGUGGAGCUGUUGGUGCACAACUUCACCCUGCACGGCCCCCACGACGGCCUCAACACCGCCUACACCACGCUGGUGGGCUGCAUCCUCAGUGUGGUGCUGGUGCUCAUCUAUCUGUACCUCACCCCGUGCCGCUGCUGCUGCCGCGCCGCCGAG